AUGGCUUCCCUAGAAGACGCAGAAGAAGUGUUACGAUCGACAAAGUCAAAAUCUAAUUUUCAGCGCUUGACACGGCUUCUAAUGCGCGGUGGGGCAGUGCUUUUAAUAGAGAUAUUCGACUCCAUUCACAGCCCUGCCAAUCUUCCCACAACGCUUAGUGACCCUUCAGUAGAAAGGACACUGAGAACAGCAAGGCUUACCCGUCCCGACUGGAAUUGUUUGUACCCUUCCCCAGGGGUAUACGGCAAGUCGAGUGAUUUUGACAUCAGUUUAACCUUCAGAUUGUUACGAACAAUAUGCAAAUUGAAGCCUCCCCCCACAGGAUGGGACAGCCUACCAAACGACGCAGAACACAGCCUUGAAGCAGACCUGGUAAGAAUAAAAUAUUAUCGCAAUGAAGUUUAUGGUCACAGCAGGAAUUUGGAAAUAUCAGAUGAUCAGUUUCUUGACCUCUGGGAAAAAAUCAGUAAGGCGCUGUUGAGGAUUGCAGCAAAACUCAGCCUUGAAAAACAAAGCAGAUUGAAAGGUACCAUUGAGAAAUUCCUUAAUGAUCCCUUGACGCCAGAGGAAGAAAGAUACGCCGACGAACUAGAGCAGUGGUACGAAAAAGAUAUCGACAACAAAAAAGUGUUACAAGAACUUGUUCAGGAAGUCAGAGGAAUGAAAGAAGACUUUAGGGGUCAGCAAGUAGGUCAGUAUUACUGGUUGCUUGUGGUCGGUUACGUUAAAUAUUCCAUUAAAAUUUCCAUUUUUCAUUUUUUUUCAUUUUGUUCAUGAUUAGAGGAAUUUUUUGCGCAGCUAAAAGAGCUCAGUUGCGCACAGACAGUUUUGUCUGAGGACUGCGAAGAUUAUCUCGGCAGGACGGAUGACGAUGAAGCGUUUAUUUGUCCCUUUCUGGGUGAUUGCUGACACAAAGUGCCUGAUUGAUGUACGGCUGAAAAUGAAAUUGUAUCAUUUCCGCGGUACAGUUUUCCCCAAAUGUUGUGCAAGUAUCGAAUUGCCCUAGUUAUCAACUGUUGUAUCUUUUUUCCAACAGCAACACUACGCGUUGUGAACACCUUCGAAAGGAUCGCCCAGUUUGGAUUAGUGGUAGCCCCUAAUGAAAUGCAAGACAAUCAGCAGGAGUUUCCAGCAGAGGUAGACAUGUGGAACGUUAUCAUGUCUUUCAAAGACUCUUUCAGAGUACUUUUUAGAUAUGUAAGAAACAAACUGAAUGCCACUGUUGAAGACAUUGAACUAGGAAGUUUAUCGAUAACUGUUAGAUGUAGUUCGCUGAAGAUACUAGAAGGAUUGUGGGAAGAUUAUAUCAGUGGUCACCUUAAUCAAGUGGUUCAAGAAGCGCUGGUGACACAUGAGGUCCUAGAAAUCCUUGGCCUCGAUGACUUGAAGCUGAAAGUGUUCAUUUCUGAGGAGGAAUAUGAGAAAGGAAAAAAGGUCUUUGCGGAUAAUUCAGGUGAG